GAUUGGUACUGCACUCUACCAAUCUAGCCAAGGAGGAACGAACAUCGCGCCGCAGUUGGAAAUCAAAGCUUGAUCAGCAUGGAAGUCAAUUUAUUUUAUCUCACAGUGCUAGUUUCAAUUCUAGCCUACAUUUACCAUUGGAUAACGAGAAACAAUGGCUAUUUCCACGAUAAACCAAUUCCGUCGCUAGCGGUGAAACCGUUUUUCGGGUGUUCUGCGUCGCUUUUGCUUAAGCAGACAACGUUCUCGGAAUUUAUUCUGACAAUGUAUAACAAAUUUCCCAACGUCAAAGUUCUUGGAGUAUUCGACACAACAACUCCAAUGUUCGUCAUUCGGGAUCCGCAGUUGAUCAAGCGAAUCGGUGUGAAAGAUUUUGACCACUUUGUGGAUCACAGGCCUACCUUCGGUAACAGUGAUAAUAACGAAAGCCCGCAUGCUCUGUUCGCAAAAUCUCUAUUCGCCCUGAAUGGCCAACGAUGGCGGGAUAUGCGGGCAACACUCAGUCCAGCCUUCACCGGAAGUAAGAUGCGGCAAAUGUUCCAGCUUAUGGAGGAGUGCAUUCAGGCAAUGAUUACCCACUUGGAAGCGAAUCUGAAGCAGAAGGGCUCGAUGGAAGUGGAAGUGAAGGAUAUUCUUUCACGACUUGCGAUGGAUGUGAUUGCUUCGUGUGCUUUUGGACUGAAGGUGAAUUGUUUUGAGGACCGUGAAAAUGCGUUCCUGCAACAUGCUAGAAAGAUGUUGCUGUUUGGAAGACCGAAGGUGUUUUUUAAAAUAAUGACCUUUCGAUGGUUUCCCGAGUUUGCUAAUCGAUUAGGAUUUGACGUGAUAGAUAAGGAACAGGCGGUUUAUUUCUCCAGCAUCAUUAAAGACACGGUGCAAACACGAGAGACGAAAGGAAUUGUUCGUCAUGACAUGAUUGAUUUGUUACUGCAAGCCAAAAAAGGAACACUAAAACAUAACCAGGAAACGGAAGUGCAUGAGGGCUUUGCAACGGUACAAGAAUCUGAUGUGGGAAAAGCUCAGGUGACCAAAGCGAUGACUGAGACGGAAAUGAUUGCGCAGUGUUUCAUAUUUUUGAUUGGAGGCUUCGAUACAGUGUCCACAGCCGCAACUUUCCUCAUUUAUGAACUUGUUCGCAGUCCUGAAAUUCAGGAAAAAUUGUAUCAAGAAAUUUUAGAAACCGAAAAGUCUCUAAAUGGAAAGGCGCUAACAUACGAUGCUCUUCAAGGUAUGAAGUACAUGGAUAUGGUAGUAUCGGAAUCCCUUCGAAUGUGGUCACCAGCGCCGGCUCUCGAUAGGCUUUGUGUUCGAGACUACGUAGUGGAUGACGGUGAAGGACUUAGGUUUACCAUAGACAAGGGAACGUGUGCUUGGAUACCGGUUCACGGAUUGCAUCACGAUCCGAAGUACUUCCCUAACCCGGAUCGGUUCGAUCCGGAGCGGUUUAGUGACGCCAAUAAAGCCAACGUCAAUUUGGACGUUUAUCUGCCGUUCGGUAUUGGACCAAGGAACUGCAUUGGGUCACGGUUUGCGCUGAUGGAAGUCAAAGCUAUCAUUUAUCAUUUGUUGCUUAAAUUUUCUUUCCAACGGAGCGAAAAUACGCAAAUUCCGUUAAAACUGAAGAAGGGAUUUGUUGCUUUAACGACGGAGAAGGGAAUGUUUAUGCAGUUAGCGGCUCGGAGCUAGAUACUCGCUAGUGGACAUGAAUACAUAUUUUUUUGCCUUGACAGGUGAAGUGCUACUGAUAAGAUAUCGGAGGAUUGCUUUUUAUAAAUUUAAUAAAGUAAUAAAAAUUUCAAGCGAUAGAAUAGUUCAUAUCGCUUGAUUUUUUUAUAAUCACGAGGCCAUGAGUUGCAAAGUUAAGUCAAUCAAUUUAAUCUUUAGUAUUGAGAUCAUAAAAGGUUUUUGGAUCUCUAUUCUGCGCUUUGAUUUGAUGGAUAUUAGUCAACAUAGUAAAGAGGGAAAGGAGUUAAAUUGAAGAUAGAAUCGUGUAGUGAAUAUACUGAUAAGAUUGAAAAUAUAUGAAACAAAUAAAAAUAUGAACAAAAUACAGAAAUUUCGAAAAACAAUUUGAAAACUUUCUACCACAACGUCAGCUAAAGCCAGUAGCAUUGUUUUUUUUUUGUGAGGAUAUUUUCAGUAUGUUAUUUUUGUUAAAUAAUGUUUAAAAUGAGUUCGUUAUUGAAAAUAAACAAUAAAUAAUUGAAAAAGAA